AUGCUGGACACCUUUGAGAUCGUGACCACUUCAGGCGUCGUCCUGUGGUCGCGCACAUAUGCCGUCGUCAACCCCUCGGUCAUCAACAACUUCAUCGCUGAUACAUUUAUCGAGGAGAAGAGCGGUCCUGUGUCGCUGCGCGAGUCGCAAUCGGCCUCGACGAACCCAGCAUACAAGAGCGAUCAACACACCUUGAAGUGGACAACCGUGAAGGAAUUGGGUGUCAUCUUCGUCGUCGUCUACCGAUCACUCCUCCACCUCAGCUGGGUAGACAAGCUCGUCGAUAACAUCAAGACGAUCUUCGUGUCUCUCUAUGGCGAGCAGCUCAAAAAACCACACACCACUCUCGUUGAGUGCGCCGGCUUCGACCAAUACUUCGACCAGCAAGUGAACGAGCUCGACAAGACCAGCGCGCGCGCCAACGGGCCCCCAGUGCCCGAUAUCGAAGAGCCAGGCAACUCUGGCAAUGUCAUUGACAGUGGUGAUGCCCCUGCCGCGCCGGGGUUGACCUAUCGCGGUCGCGCGCUACACAACGGCGCCGGCACUGCCGACGUCGCGUCCACUGAGUCGACGCCCGUACCUACACCAGGCACAUCGCGGCCUUCGACACCAGGUGGUAGCAACCUAAUUGUCGGCAAGGCGGGACCCGGUGGAAAAUUGUCGCGUCGCGCGCGGAAAGCAAUGUCCACAGUGCCUGGGCCGGUGUCCUCGGGUGACGAGAUCUCGAAAAAGCCAGCCAAGGGCAAGAAGGGGCGCAAGUGGGAUGCCGACGGCUUCGCGGAUGAGGAGGACGACGUACAGCUCGACUAUUCUUCCAAGAAUGCACUCGGCAGCGACUCCGAGGCCGAGGCACCACUUGCGCGCUCCUCGGCCAUCGAUGCCGUCGACUCAUCAACCUGGGGUCAGCAAUCCAAGGGCAAGUUCGUCCUGCGCGAUCUGGGCGAUGAGGUGCAUGACAUUCUCGCAUCGGCGCAAAAGUCGUCCUCGACGCCCACCGACGCAAAGUCGACCGGUCUACUGAACACGGGUGUUUCGGCAGUCACUGGUCUCUUCCGCAAUGUCGUUGGCGGCAAGACACUUACAAAGUCUGAUCUCGACACAGCCAUGAAGGGUAUGCAGGAUCACCUCGUCCGCAAAAACGUCGCUCUGGAAGCUGCCCUGCGUCUAUGCGAAGGUGUCGAAAAGGAGCUGCUCGGCGUCAAGACCGGGUCGUUUGAGUCCAUCUCCUCCAGGAUCCAGUCUGCAAUGGAGGCUUCACUCACAAAGAUGCUCACCCCGACCUCCUCGCUCGACCUCCUGCGCGACAUUGACGCCGUCACAAAACCAGGCGUGACCUCGCUCAAGAAGCCCAGACCCUAUGUCAUCUCCAUCGUCGGCGUCAACGGCGUCGGCAAAUCUACCAACCUCUCCAAGAUAUGCUAUUUCCUCCUACAAAACCGCUACCGCGUCCUGAUCGCGGCUGGCGACACCUUCCGCUCGGGCGCCGUCGAGCAGCUCGCCGUUCACGUCCGCAACCUCAAGGAGCUUACUGCCCGUGAGGGUGGCGGCGAGGUCGACCUGUACCAAAAGGGGUACGGCAAGGAUGCGGCGACAGUGGCCAAGGAUGCCGUCACACACGCCGCGAGCAGUGGAUAUGACGUGGUGCUGAUCGACACCGCCGGUCGACGGCACAACGACCAACGGUUGAUGAGCUCGCUAGAGAAAUUUGCCAAGUUUGCGCAGCCCGACAAGAUCCUGAUGGUGGGCGAGGCCCUCGUCGGCACAGACUCUGUUGCGCAAGCACGAAACUUCAAUGCCGCGUUUGGCACGGCAUCUCUGGACGGCUUCAUUAUUUCGAAAUGUGACACUGUCGGCGACAUGGUUGGCACGCUCGUCUCAUUGGUCCAUGCUACAAACGUGCCAGUCCUGUUUGUCGGUGUGGGACAGCAUUACUCGGAUCUAAGGAAUUUCUCUGUCAAAUGGGCAGUCGAGAAGCUCCUGAGCAGUAGUACCUCAUGA